AUGGAUCCUUCAGCUGCCUAUGAUUUGCUGGCGGACGGUGUCCAGGACUGGGAUCUUACCAGUGACUCUGUUCCUUGUGAGCUGCUGCUCAUUGGCGAGACUGCCUUCCCAGUGCUGGUGAACCCCCAGGGGCAGGUCCUGAUCGCCGCCUCACAGUAUGGGAAGGGCCGGAUGGUGGUCGUCUCUCAUGAGAGCUACCUGGGGAGCCCCAAGAUGGCUCGGUUCCUAUGCAAUGCUGUGGAUUGGCUCAGUCCCUCCCCAGGAGCGGUGGUUGGUGUCCAGAAGAGCUUGAGCUCCCUGCUGAGUAUUCUCAGUAGUUCUGGCACCCGAGUGCAGCCCAGUGAGGAGUUCAUUGCCUCAUUUGGGGUUUACUGUAUGGAUGCCUAUGAUGCUGCACAGGGGAAGGAGCUGAUCCAGUUUGUGAAGAGAGGAGGGGGUCUGCUCAUUGGGGGUCAGGCUUGGCACUGGGCCUCUGGACACAGAGCAGAGAGAGUGCUGUUCGAUUUCCCUGGGAACCACGUAACCAGUGUGGCUGGCGUUUAUUUCACUGAUAUAUACGGUGAGACGGGGAUCUUUAGUGUCUCAGACAAAGUGCCUGCAAUUCCCUUGAUCACUCCGCAUGAGCUAGAUUUCAGCGGCGACUUAAAUCUUCUCCUAAGAGGUGUGUCAGAGCUAGACAUAGUAACAGAUGGUGUCCCCUCUCACCUGCUGGUCCAUGGCACACUGGCCUUCCCCCUUGGCUUGGACGGUGCCUAUCAAUGCUUUCUUGCAGCAUCUCACUAUGGCCGGGGCCGUGUGGUGGUGGCUACACAUGAGAGCCAUCUUAGCACUCCAAAGCUCACAGACUUCAUCCUCAAUGCCAUUCACUGGCUGGGUGCUGAGAAGAAAGGGAGAAUUGGCAUCAAUCCCAAUCUGAAGAACCUUCAUGACCUGCUGACUCAAAGGCAGGUGGUGUGCGAGAUCUCAGAGCUUACUGACAAUCUCAGCAUCUACUGCUGCCAGUCCUACAGUGACAACGAGGCCGAGAAGAUCCAUGAGUUUGUGGCAGAAGGAGGGGGUCUGCUGAUUGGAGGUCAGGCUUGGUGGUGGGCUUCUGAGAAUGAGGGUCAAAACGUUCUGGCUGAAUAUCCGGGCAACAAAAUCCUCAAUGGGUUCGGGAUCAGCAUCCUGGGGGAAACCAUGGAGGAGGGCAAGUACCCAGUGUUACGACCAGAAGGGCAGCGGAGACAUUACCACUUCCGCAGGGCACUCGCUCAGUUCCAGCAGCACCUAGACAAGAAGAAGAAACUCCAGCUCCCAGUGACAGGCUGGCUUCAGAAACUCAGCCAGGACUGCGCCAAAGUCCUUGAGAUCCCAGUUAAAAAUGGCCACAUCUACGCCUCAUUGUACCACAUCCUGUACACGAUUGUGCAGUGCAAUGGGAUCCCACCGGUGAGCGAGGAACACCCAGUCAAGGGGAACUCUAAGGAGGUCGUGCUGCUUCACGUGGCUACAGCAUUAUGCCAAACCAGCAUUAUAUCCGACACUGCGAGGCUAGCACUCUGUGAACUCCCCACAGUCCCUAGCACCACUGUGGAAAUCAACUGCACAAACACAGUUGACUCCAGUAAUGAGAGGGAAGCCACCCUGCAACAGUACAGCAUCAGCAUGGAGAAGCACUGCAGACACUUUAGACAGUGCUGCUAUCAGGAAGCAGAAGGACCCCAAGAGGUUUACAGCCGACUCUGUGAACUUUCCCAUCUGUGGCUGCAGCCGGACCUCCAUAGAAAGGAGCAGAUCAUCGAGCUGCUGGUUCUUGAGUAA